AUGGCGUCGGAUAGUCCCAGUCCGGAAAACCUCUACUUCACCGUCAACCCGCCGCCCGCGUCGUUGCAGGCGCACAUCACGCUUGCGCGCGCCUUUAUUCAACGGCAUGCCGAAGAGGGCCGACGGGUAGCGCUCGUGACGUCGGGCGGCACGACGGUGCCGCUGGAGGAGCAGACGGUGCGCUUCAUCGACAACUUCUCGGCGGGGACGCGGGGCGCAACGAGCGCCGAGUACUUUUUGGCCAACGGAUAUGCCGUCAUUUACCUGCACCGGCAGUUUUCGCUGCUGCCGUACAGCCGGCACUACUCGCACAACACGCGCUCGUUCCUGGACUUUAUGAGCGAGGACGGGACGGGGCGGGUGGUGGUGGACUCGCCGCACCAGGCCAAGAUGGUCAAGGUGCUGCGCGAGUACGCCGAAGUCAAGCGGCAGAACUCGCUGCUCAUCCUGUCGUUUGUGACGAUCACGGACUACCUGUGGGAGCUGCGCGAGGUGGCGCAGCUGAUGAAGCCGCUGGGCCCGCGCGCCCUAUUCUACCUUGCGGCAGCCGUGUCGGAUUUCUUCGUGCCCAAGGACCGCAUGGUGGAGCACAAGAUCCAAUCCGUAGAGGAGUUCAGCCAGAAGAACAACGCCGCAGCGGACGCGAAGGCGAAGCCGCCCGCCGCGCGCACAGAGGGUCGCUCCCUGAUCAUCGACCUCGAGCCCGUGCCCAAGUUCCUGAAGAGCCUGGUCGACGGCUGGGCGCCAGACGCCAUGAUCGUGAGCUUCAAGCUGGAGACGGACCCCGCGAUGCUGGUCGGCAAGGCCGAGUACGCGCUCAAGCGCUACCACCACCACCUGGUGAUUGGCAACCUGCUGGCGACGCGCAAGUGGGAGGUCGUGUUUGUGAGCCGCCUCGACGGCGAGAAGUGGAUCCGGGUGCCGCGGAACCGGCGCACGCGCAGCUCGUCGGGCAUCCAGGAGUUGGUGGGGCGGGCGGCGGCGGCGGGUGCGGGUGCGGGUGCGGGUGCGGGUGCGGAGGAGGGCGAGCCUGUUGACGCCUUGCAAGACGCCGAGGGCGAUGAGGGUUCUAUGCUUCCUGAUCCAACGGUCGAGAUUGAGAGUUUGAUCGUGCCCGAGAUUAAGCGUAUGCAUGGCCUUUUGAUUGAGAAGGGCGCGGGCGCUUUUGUGGGCGGGCCGUGA